UCUUGGUCAGCGUGUGUAGGCGCGACCCAACCAAGCCGCCACAUUUAGCUUUCCUUUAAUUGGACGCAUUGCCACUUUUCCAUUCAUUUUUUUAAGAAGGCCAAAAAAAGGCCAUUCCUUUCAUCUGCAGUCCAUCUUAAUUUCUAAAGAAUUUCUGUCUAUGCAAUCCACCAAAUCCCAAACAUCAAACGUUCAAAUCCAAGACCCCCCAAACUCUCAAAUGGCAAAUAAGGAACCGGAGAUAAUAACAGACAAGACCCAGAUGAGGAAAUGGUCAAGAGGCAUGAGAUCACAAGGCAAAACCAUAGGCUUUGUUCCCACGAUGGGGUUCCUCCACGAGGGCCACAUAGCACUCGUCAAAGAAGCUCGCAACCACGCCGACCUCGUCGUGGUCUCAAUCUACGUAAACCCAGGUCAGUUCUCUCCCUCCGAGGACCUCUCCACAUACCCAUCUGACAUCAAUGGCGAUAUUCAGAAACUCAUGGCUGUUCCCGGCGGCGUUGAUGUCGUUUUCCACCCUCAUAAUCUGUAUGACUAUGGAACGACAAACCCAAGUGUGGAAAAUGUUAAUGGGAGUGGCGGUGAUGAGGAGAGAAAUGUUGGGGUGGUUUCUUGUUUGGAGAAUAAUGGGUUGGGACAUGAAACGUGGGUCAAAGUCGAGAGAUUGGAGAAGGGAAUGUGUGGGAAGAGCAGGCCUGUUUUCUUUAGAGGAGUUGCCACUGUUGUCACCAAGUUGUUUAAUAUAGUUGACCCUGAUGUUGCUCUGUUUGGGAAGAAGGAUUAUCAGCAGCUGCGAAUUAUUCAGCGGAUGGUUCGGGAUCUUGAUUUUGCCAUAAAAAUUAUAGGUUCUGAAAUAGUUCGUGAAAGUGAUGGCCUUGCAAUGAGUUCACGGAAUGUGCACCUCUCACCUGAAGAAAGAGAGCAGGCUUUGUCAAUAAGCAGGUCCUUGUCAAGAGCUAGAAUUGCUGCAGAAAAGGGUCAAAUUAAUUGUCGAGAAUUGAAAGAGUCGGUCAUCAAAGCAAUAGAAGAAGCAGGCGGAAGAGUUGAUUAUGCUGAGAUUGUUGACCAAGAAAGUUUGGUGGCUGUGGAGGAGAUCAAAAGUCCUGUUGUGUUCUGUGUUGCUGCCUGGUUUGGGAAGGUCAGGCUAAUAGACAACAUGGAGAUCGACAUGUGAAAAGCAUGGUUCAUCUAGUCUGUUUCAUUUACUUUAUUUCUUUAUUUUCUGGUUGGAUACCUUCUUUUUUUUUUUAUUUUUUUUUUUAACCUUGUUAUAUGAGAUGCCCAAAUAAAACAUGCAUAAUGCGCAUGUUCGCUUUUUUGGUUAUUGGAAUUCCAUCCUUCUAUAUUCUUUUG